ACCAGUGCUACUUCACAUUGCUUCUGGCUGCUGCUCAGGUAGCCCAGCGGCCCUUUUCAAGUGCCGCGGUUGGCCCUUGCUGCCAAUGCCGGCCUCCCCGCUCCAGGCGCUUCACUAGGCCGCCACCGAGCCUGUACAGGCGGUUGGACGCGAUAGCCGAGGGGCUAGGAGGUCCAGGGUGGUGGGGGACGCCAUGGCCAGGCUCGCUGUGCUGUGCAGCAGCAGUGGCAAGACGGUGGAGCUGGAGGUUGGCUCCCAUGCACGCGUGGAGGUCGUCCAGCAGACGCUGGCGGAGCUGACGGGCAUCCCCAAGGGCGACCAGAUCCUGAUGUGCGAGGGCGCCCGCCUGGACGGCGCCAAGCCGCUCGCCGCCUAUGGCCUGCCCUGGGAGGAGCACGACAAAGUGCACGAUGUGUUCCUGUACAGCCGGGCACACCUGCGGCCCGACGCGCCGCUGCCACCGCCCGAGCAGCUGCCCGAAUGCCCCCUGGACCUGAGCGGGCUGGAGGGCAUCGCGCAGCAGCGGCACCGCCUGGACGAGGCCGGCAGCCCGCUGCUGCGCCUGCUGCCCGACUACCAGCGCCAGUUCCAGGCGCACCUGCUGCAGGCCAACGCGGCGCACGAGGCCAGCCAGCAGCGCAUGGCCACCUGCGCGCGGCUGGUGAGCGAGCAGGAGGUGCAGGCGCUGUCCAUCGACGCCGCCACCUCCAACGUGGAGCUGCACUACGCAUACAUACGCGACUCCUUCGGCGCAUUCAUGGCACGCUACCAGCAGCAGCACGCGCAGCACGCGGAGGUGCUGUCCCGGUUUGAGCCCGACCUGCAGCACCUGGCCGCCACCGAGCUGCACCCGGCGCUGCGCGGCAGCGAGGAGGGCGCCGCCAGCCUGGCGGGCCUGGUCAGCGCCGAGGCGCUGCGCGAGUCGGCGGCGGCCUGCGCGCGCGGCCACCAGCACUUUGGCGGCAAGGUGGCGGAGCUGGAGGGGCUGUUCGGCAUGCUCAAGGCGGAUGUGGAGGCGCUCUUCAUGCAGGCCCCCAGCGUGGACCUGGAGGCUCUGACGCGGCAGCUGGAGGAGCAGCACGGCGCGGUGGAUGAGCAGGGCAGCAUCGUGGCGGCGCUGUCCUCUGACCUGUCCAAGGUGGCGCAGCUGGUGGAGCAGGCGGGGGAGGCGGCGGCGGCGGCCGACCCCGCCGCCUCGGCGCACGUCUCCGACACGGUGCACAUGCUGGAGGCGAUGCGGGAGGCGCACGUGGGGCACCUGCUGCCGCGCGUGGACGGCUGCCGCGCCGCGGUGGAGGCCUUUGCGGCGCAGUGCCUGGACUGCAAGAAUGCGCUGACGCGGGACGUCUUCACCCAGCUGCGCACCAUCUCCUCGCAGCAGAGCAAGAUCCGGGAGAUGAAGAACAAGCUGGCGCUGUUCCGCGAGGCGCUGGCGCGGCAGGAGGGGGCGGUGCAGGAGCUGCUGGUGGUGCGCCGCGUGCCCGCCGCAUACAAGCAGUGCCUGGCGGAGUGCGUGCGCAGGGGCGCAUUCAUGGAGAAGUAUGCGCACAGCGCGGCGCAGCUGGCGGAGCGCAUGGGCGCGUUCCGUGAGAAGGAGCUGGCCAUGCGGGACGCCUUCCGCAAGCAUGUGGAGCGGCUGAUCCCGGCGCAGCUGCUGGAGCGCAUGGGGCUGCUGGAGCAGCCGCCGCACUGCCAGGUCAGCGUGUCGUCGGCGGAAGGCGAGCGCCUGCUGGGCGUGACCGUGGACGACGUGCGCCGCAUCCAGCUGCCCUGGGCACCCGCCUCCCUGCUGGCCCCGCCGCCCUCGCCCACGUCGGCGGGCACGCCCGGCGGCGCCGCCAGCGGCGGCAGCAGCCGCGACGGCUCCCUGCACCCGUCGGCCGCCGAGCAGCAGCAGCAGGAGGAGGAGGCGGCCGCGGCGGCGGCGGCGGCGGCCGAGGUGGAUGUUACCUCCAUGCUGCAGCUGGAGAAUGCCAAGCUGCGGGCGGAGGUGGCCUCACAGAUCGCGCUGGACUGCAUCCGCGCCGAUGGGCUGGCUGUGGAGCUGCAGUCGCAGCUGGGAGCCUCGCGGAGGCAGGCGGCCGCCUACGAGGCCCGCAUCCACCACCUGGAGCAGCAGCUGGCGGCGGCAGCGGCUGCCGCGGACGGCCGCCCCGGCGCGGCGCCAGGCUGCGCCGCGGCGCCGGCCCUGCUGGCCGGCUCAGGCAGCCAGCCCGCGCCGUUGCCGCCCGCCUCUGCCGGAGGCAGCCCGACCGGCAGCGCAGCCAGCAGCAUGGCUCUCUCCGGCGGCUCUGCGGGCACGGCGUCGGCGGCUGGGGGCAGCGUGUCGGGCAGCCUCACGGCGGCGCCGGCGGCGGCCUCGCUGCCAGCCUCGCCCACCGCGCAGCAGGCAUCCACCGCCGCGGCCCGCCUGUCGUCUUCUGUGGACGCCGCCGCCGGCUCCUCCCUGUCUGGCUCGCUGCGCGCCCCCGACCCCUCCCGCUCCCUGGGCCACAGCAGCAGCAGCUGCCUCAGCUGGUAG